AUGUAUGACUUCUGUUGGAUUAAGAGGAGGGAAGUUGACGGAGAUCUGGAAAUUCCGUCCGUUCGACGUAAAUGCGGUGUUGCACCUGAGUAUAAAUCUCGUGCGCUUAUUGGUGAUUGUGGGUGUGGUAAGGCUGGUGAGCGUGAGGGUGGUGCCAUUCCAGGGGAGGAGUGA